AUGGGCGACACGCACACCAAGGAAGAAGAUGAAACGAGAAAAUUAGGUGAUGAUGAUGACGACGAUUGGGAGGAUGACAAAAUAGAUGAGGACUAUGAGAAGGCUAUUUGUAAUAUUUGUACAGAAAAAAUAGGAAUAUAUGCAACUUCACAGUGUAAUCAUAGAAUAUGUUAUGUGUGUUGUCUUAGAUCAAGAUUUUUGUUUAAAUCUUUUAAUUGUGCAUAUUGCAGAACAUAUUUCACAAGAAAUCCAAAGAAAUCUUUUAAUUCACAACAUAAGCAAUUGUUUUUUAAGCUACCAAAUCUUGAUAUAUUUUGCGAAGAUAAAUCAAUAUACGAAAAAUCAAUGGAAUUUAUCAGACUCAAAUGUCCAAAGGAUGAUUGUCGUUUUCAAUGUAAUAAUGAAAAUGGAUUAUUUGAACUUUUAAAUCAUGUUAGAAAAGUUCAUAAGUUAACUUUUUGGUAA